AUCUCUUCGUGUUUUUCUCUCUCCCAUCCUUUCGCAUUUUCAAAACCCUUUUGAUUUGUGAAAGGAAAGCAACCAUGGUUGAUCAGGUUCAGCACCCUACAAUCAUGGAGAAGGUUACUGGCCAGCUCCAUCUCCGUUCUGGUCUUUCAUCUGGUAUUAAGAGUUAUGAUGGAUCCUUUUGUCGUCCUUCUCUGUACCAAAGAAGCUCAUUUGGGAAUUACUCAAAUGCUGCAUUGCAGUAUCCAGUGAUGCCUGCAUGCAGAGUUACUACUGAUUUGUCUGCUGCUGCUGCAACAACAGCCUCCCCUAUUUUUGUUGCAGCUCCUGCAGAGAAAGGCAAUUUUCUUGUCGACUUUCUGAUGGGUGGUGUUUCAGCUGCUGUCUCUAAAACUGCUGCUGCCCCCAUUGAACGGGUUAAACUUUUGAUCCAGAAUCAGGAUGAGAUGAUCAAAACUGGUAGGCUUUCUGAGCCCUACAAGGGUAUCGGUGACUGUUUUAAGAGAACAAUUCAGGAUGAAGGUUUUGGUGCCUUGUGGAGGGGUAAUACUGCAAAUGUCAUCCGUUAUUUUCCUACUCAGGCUUUGAACUUUGCAUUCAAGGACUAUUUCAAGAGGCUUUUCAAUUUCAAGAAGGAUAGGGAUGGUUACUGGAAAUGGUUUGCUGGCAACUUGGCCUCUGGAGGUGCUGCUGGCGCCUCGUCCCUUUUAUUUGUUUACUCUCUUGACUAUGCCCGUACUCGUCUUGCUAACGAUUCAAAGGCUGCAAAGAAAGGUGGGGAAAGGCAAUUCAAUGGUCUUGUUGAUGUCUACAGGAAGACCUUGGCAUCUGAUGGUAUUGCUGGUCUUUACCGUGGUUUUAACAUCUCCUGUGUUGGAAUCAUUGUGUAUCGUGGUCUCUACUUUGGAAUGUAUGAUUCCCUGAAACCAGUUCUCCUAACUGGAAAAAUGCAGGAUAGCUUUUUCGCCAGCUUUGCCCUUGGAUGGCUCAUCACCAAUGGUGCAGGUUUAGCAUCAUACCCAAUUGACACCGUUAGAAGAAGAAUGAUGAUGACAUCUGGGGAAGCUGUCAAGUACAAGAGCUCCAUGGAUGCAUUCUCACAAAUCCUCAAGAACGAGGGUGCCAAGUCCUUGUUUAAGGGGGCUGGUGCUAACAUCCUCCGUGCAGUUGCUGGUGCUGGUGUGCUUGCUGGUUACGACAAGUUACAGGUGAUUGUGUUCGGCAAGAAGUAUGGAUCUGGAGGCGGUUAAUUUUUUUAGCAUCUUAUAAUAUUAUUGGUUAAGAUGUCGAUGAAAAUUAGAGUUUCGAGCAUUAGACUAAUUGCUGCAGCAAAUUUUGUUUAAUAAAUUUACUCAUUGGGAUUUUAUCCCAAAACGAUUUUAGAUUUCGGAUGAAAAUUUGUCAUCAAAGGCAUGAUUUAUUAGAGUGGCGGGCUCAAGUAACUGUCACAUGGAAUUUCAUUGUUUAUGAUUUUAGAAUAUAUCAUAUAUAUUGUUCUAAAUUGUCUUAU